GAUUGCUGUGUAAAGUAAGGUUAAGAAUAUGAAAGUUAAUAACGAACGCAAUUUUUAAUUAACUAGUUUUUUAAACAUUUAUUUGAAUAAUUAUUUCCCAUUAUAUAAUAACAAGAAAAUGUGGUGACUACAAAAGCUCAGAACUUUAAUAUUUGAUAUAGUUUUAUCCAUUAUAUUUUUUUGAGAUAUUUUUCUAAAAAGUACCCUCAAAUGUCUUCACCUCAAAACGUCUGGUUUAUGGUGGGUGCCAGUGUUGUAGGUUUAGUAGGCGCAGUUGGAAUAAUGAUAAUUGAAAAGUUGAGGCAGAAAAGAGAAGAACAAAUCUUGAAACAGCACAUUGAAUGUUUGGGCAAGGAAAUGCAAAAUAUACGAAAAGAAUUGGAUACUUUGAGAAAUAUACAGAAAAACACUUCUAAGAGAAGUAAGCGAUCUAAAACUAGUACAGCUUCCACCACUUCUACUGAUAGUUUUAUAAGUGCUACAGAUGGGGAUAGUUCAGAUUUAGAAUUUUAUGAUGUUAGUGAUGAAGAAGAGAAAAUUUCAGAUGCACUUGAGGAUACUCAUAGGUUUGCAGACCGAGUAGAUUUAGUGUUAGACAGUAGUAACAUUGAAGACCUGAAAAUUACAUUAGAAGAGUUAAAAGAUCUAAGUGAAGAGUUCCCAGAAGAUGCAAAUAUUCUCUGGAGAAUAGCAAAAGCCUGCUACAAAUUAGCUACAGAUAGUGAUAAUUUAAUUGAUAAAGAAGAAUACCUCAGACAGGGUAUUGAGGCAUGUAAGUCCGCUCUUAGAAUCUCACCAAAUAAUUGUGACAUUCAUAAAUGGUAUGCAAUACUGGUUGGCUCGAGGGCAGAAAUUCAACCAAUAAAGGAGCGCAUAGCUGACGGUCAUCUAUUUAAAAAGCACGUUGACAAGGCUCUCACACUUAAUCCUAAAGACUACAUGCUCCAUCAUAUGUUAGGAAGAUUUGCUUAUGAAAUAGCAAGUUUAAAAUGGUAUGAACGAAAAGUAGCAGCGACGCUAUUUGGGGAACCUCCAAGUGCCACCUAUGAGGAGGCCUUAAACUGUUUUCUUCAGGUUGAAAAAUAUUGCAAUCGAGAAUGGAAAGAAAAUAAAUUUUUUAUUGCCAAAUGUCAUUUUGUUCUCGGACAAAAGUCUGAGGCUAUCAAGUGGUUUAAGAAUGCAGAGGCUGUACCUAGUCAAAAUUAUUCAGAUCAUAAACUGCAACUUGAAAUAUUGGACAUGCUAAAGAAGUGUCAAAGUUGAAAAUAGUCUUUUAUAUUAUACCUAUUUUAAUGUGUAUUUUAUUGAGUAUGUUGGAUGUACAAUGGCUAUGGUGCUUCUUUUUCUAAUUGUUAUACGGGGUAUUGUUAAUGUAAGUAGUUGAAAAUGGUACGAUUUUCUUAUAUCACAUGUUAUUUGAUAUGAUAUUUGAUAGGUGAAUAUCAUUUUCUAUUACUUAAUGCAAUGACACAAAUUCGAUUUUAUUAUCUGAUAAAAAUGUGUAUUUUAUCGCUCAAACUGGAUAAGUUUUAAUAAAAUAGUUUAAAACAAA